UAUUUAUAAACGCACGUGGUCAAUUUUUGUUUUUACACACGUGUUUUGAUUAAUAUCAAAUAAAUAAUCUCUUAUUAUUUGCCCCCCCCCCCAAUAUUAUGUAGAUAAAUUUAAUUGUAUAAAAUAAAAUUUAAAACUUAUAACUGGUAAUAAGUAAAUCGACAAAUUUUUUAUGUAUAAAUUUAUUUUCAUGUAAAAAGUUUAUCAACAAAAUGGGUUUGACGAAACAAUAUUUGCGUUAUAUUCCUGCAGGAAAUUUAAAUAUUAUCGCUAGUCAAAAUUGUAAUGUUGUAUUUGUGACAUUAGAAGGACAAGAAGGUAGAUUUGUUGCUGCUGGUGCAAGUGAACAUGUUUUUAUUUGGGAUCUUCGUCUUGGAGAAAAAGCUCAAGUAUUGUCGGGGGAAAAGUCGGAUGUUACACAUUUGGCAGCAUCUCCGAAUAAAAGACAUAUUGCAGUUGGAUAUGCAGAUGGUACAAUAAAAACGUUUGAUUUACGUUCUGGAGAAAAUAUUAGUAUUUUAGUGGGACAUCGUUCUGAAAUAACAACAUUAGCUUAUGAUUCAUCAGGACAUCGACUUGCAUCUGGUUCUAAAGACACUGACAUUAUUUUAUGGGACGUUGUCGCAGAAACAGGAAUAUGCAGAUUAGUAGGACACAAAGGAGUUAUUACAGCUCUUGUAUUUAUGAAAGAUCACAAUAUUCUAAUAAGUUCUAGUAAAGAUACAUUUGUGAAAUUUUGGGAUCUCGACACAGAACAUAAUUUCCGAACAGUUGUUGGUCAUGGUUCUGAGGUGUGGGGUCUUGUUUUAGUGAAAGACGGUAAAUAUUUAAUAACCGGUUGUAGUGACAAUGAAUUACGAGUUUGGAAAAUAUUCUUUGUGGAUCCCUCAGAAAUUGAAAUUUCCAAUGUAUUGAAAAAUUUAACUCUUGAUAAUGAAAUAACUGACAUGAAUUAUCCAUUACGAUGUGAAAAAAUUGGAAGUAUCGCUAGAGCCGGCAAAGGAAGACUCGUUUCUCUUCGAACAGAUUUAACGGGAAGAAUUGUGACUUGUCAUGGAAUUGACAAUACUGUUGAGCUUUUCUACAUUUUAUCGGAAGAAGAAGCAAAAGAAAAAUUGGCAAAAAGAUUAAAAAAGGCGAGGAAGAAAGCUACCGCAGAAGGAUUAUCAGAGAUUGUCUCUACAGAUCUCAGUAUAAAAGACGAACUUAAAAGGCUUCCCGCCAUUGAGAUCAAAGUAGCGAAUAAUAUGAAGCAAAGUAACAAAGUGAAGGCAGUCGAUUUAGUUAUGGGAAGAGGAGAUGAACUAAGGGUAUGUGUUGCGGGAAAUUUCAACAGUAUUGAACUUUAUUCGACGAUAAUAACACAAAAGGAGUCAGAAAUAAAUUUUCUACGAUCCUUAACUAGUCAUGGACAUCGGACAGAUGUGCGGGCCAUUUGUUUUAGUUCUGAUAAUUUGGCCUUGGCCACUGCGAGCAGUGAUUCUAUUAAAUUAUGGAAUAGACCAACUCUGGCAUGUUUACGAACAGUCACAUGUGGAUAUGCGUUGACAAUGACUUUUGUACCAGGAGAUAGACAUUUGAUUGUUGGAAUGAAAGAUGGAAAAAUGCUUAUUGUCGAUAUUGCUUCGGGCGAAAUUUUGGAAGAGAUUCCCGCACAUUCGAAAGAACUCUGGAGUAUAACUUUAUUUCCCGAUAUGAAAGGAAUUGCCAGUGGAGGUGGUGAUCAGACAGUGAAAUUUUGGCAAUUUGAACUUAUCAACGAUCCUGAUAGUGAAUCGAAAGCAAAAGUUCUCUCAGUUGUUCAUUUGCGAACAUUAAAAUUAGAAGAAAGUGUUUUGUGCGUGAGAAUUAGUCCCAAUAAUAAAUUUGUUGCCGUUGCUCUUCUCGAUUCGACAGUCAAGAUAUUUUUCCUUGACACUUUCAAGUUUUGGAUAUCACUUUACGGACAUAAACUUCCUGUGCUUUGUAUGGACAUUUCAAGUGAUUCAACACUAAUUGCCACUGGUUCGGCUGAUCGUAAUAUAAAAAUUUGGGGCAUGGAUCAUGGCGAUUGUCACAAGUCAAUAUUUGCACAUGAUGAUUCCGUUACUGGUUUGGCAUUUGUGCCAAAGACACAUUAUUUUUUCACUUGCGGCAAAGAUGGAAAAGUUAAGGAAUGGGACGCAGAUUUAUUUCAAAAAAUUAUAACAUUUCAGGGACACUCUGGCGAGUCUUGGAAUUGUGCAGUUUCGCCAAAUGGAAUUUUCGCAGCAUCCUGCGGAUCAGAUAAAGUCGUGAGAAUUUAUGAAAGAUCACAAGAAACUCUUGUACUCGAAGAUGAAGCCGAGGAAGAGAGAGAACGACAAGAAAAUGAAUUGGCCACUGGGGAAAAUACUGUUGUUCCAGGACAAAAAGCACAAAUUUUACCAUCAAGAAAAACUGUUUCUAGCGAGAAAGGGGCGGAUUUACUAUUAGAAUGCAUUGAAUUAUCAAAAGAAUACGAAGAACAACUUAAAACAAUUGUACCUCCAAAUCCUCCGCCUCCAUUACCUUUGCAAAUGCAAAUGUAUCAAUGCGAAACGGUGGAAGACUAUCUUUUAGAAACUGUGAAACGAAUUCGUGCAAGCGAUUUGGAGGAGGCUUUGUAUGUUUUGCCAUUUUCUGUAGCGUGUGACAUUUUAGAAAUGUUGCCAAAAUUACUGAAAAGAAAAUAUCAGGCGGAAAUAGUAUCAAGAUUGGCUCUCACUCUUAUACAAACUCACUAUAAUUCAAUUAUUGCUAGUAAUCUUUUUUCGACAGUGGAGGAAAUUAAGAAUCUUGCUAUCGAACAAAUCACCACACUGAGGGAUACAAUUGGAUUUAAUCUUUAUGGAAUGCUUCACACACGUCAUUCAAUUGAGGAAAAAGAGGGAAUUCAAUUAUUUAAAGAUGCAACUUUUAAACGAAAAGAGAAACAGAAAAUAAGAAGAAACAAAGAACGAGCACAAAAACGAGCUCUUAUGACUUUGUAAAAACUUAAUCAGCAAUCAAUAAAGUGUAAAUAAUACGUUUUUAAAUAUUAAAUCAUUUAUUCAUUGUA